AUGGCCUCGGAAAUCCAUAUCGAAAAGUCCGCGGCCGCCCAUUUAGAAGAAACCCUAGGAAGCGGCGCCAUAUCUGAGGCGAGACAAGCCUCCGAUGAGGAACACUCGGACAGUCUAUGGCAGGCGCUGAGCGCCAACCGCAAGGCUGUCUUCUGGUCCAUGUUGAUUUCGCUGUCUAUUGUAAUGGAGGGCUACGAUAUUGUCCUGAUCGGCAACUUUUUCGCCUAUCCCCAGUUUACUCACAAAUACGGCCAGGAUUACGGCGGCACGACAGGAUGGCAGAUCUCAGCAGCUUGGCAGUCUGCUUUGAAUAUGUCGAGUACCGUGGGAGCUAUCAUGGGAGGUUUGUUCAACGGAUACAUGACGUCUCGAGUCGGCUACCGCUGGGUGAUGGUUUUCUCUCUCGCUAUUUUGAAUGGCCUGCUAUUCAUUGUUUUUUUUGCACCUUCACUCGGUGUCUUAGUUGCGGGUGAAGUGCUAUGUGGUCUUACCUGGGGUGUUUUCGCCAUUGUUGGCCCUUCCUACGCGUCCGAAGUCUGUCCUACCAACCUACGCGGUUAUCUCACAAUAUAUGUCAACCUCUGUUGGGCCAUUGGUCAAUUCAUUGCUGCCGGUGUUUUAGAGGGACUAAUCAACAGGAAUGACCAGUGGGCAUUUCGCAUUCCUUUCGCCUUACAGUGGAUGUGGCCGUUACCCCUGAUGAUAGUCUGCUACUUUGCCCCGGAGUCACCUUGGUACUUGGUACGCAAGGACAGACUGGAAGAAGCGAAAAACUCUCUGCGACGUCUCGCCGGUAAUAAAACCGAAGAUCAGAUUAACGGGCAGCUCGCAAUGUUAGUCCACACCACAAAACUCGAAGCCGAUAUACAACAAGGCACAUCCUAUCUCGACUGUUUCCGAGGUACCGAUCUCCGAAGAACGGAGAUCUGCUGUAUGGCACUUGUUGGGCAAAUUCUUUCCGGAAGUACAUUUGCCUAUUCGCCGAGUUAUUUUUUCACGACAGCUGGAAUGAGUCCGAGUCACGCAUAUCAAUUAAAUCUUGGGGGCACGGCAAUUGCAUUUCUCGGUACGCUUUGUUCAUGGUGGUUGAUUACCCAUUUUGGUAGGAGAACACUUUAUGUAUCCGGACAAGGGAUUCUGUUCGUCGUACUGUUCAUUAUAGGCAUCAUCAAUUGUUCCUCGAGCGCGACUGGUGCUGUAUGGGCCCAGGCUGGGAUAUGCAUCUUCUGGCUACUGGUGUACUCCCUAACCGUUGGCCCUAUUGCAUAUGCAAUUGUUUCGGAAACGUCCUCGGUCCGCCUUCGAAGCAUGUCGGUCUCCUUGGCUCGAGUAUCGUAUCAAAUCAUAAACGUUGUCAGCCAGGUGCUUGAACCGUACUUUAUGAACCCGACCGCAUGGAAUGCAUCUGGAAAGACUGGCUUCUUCUGGGGCAGUACUGCGUUAUUGACUUUUAUUUGGGCGUACUUUCGUUUACCAGAGGCCAAAGGAAGGACAUAUGAAGAGCUGGACAUUUUGUUUGCAAGGGAAAUUAGCGCAAGGAAGUUUUCAAGUGAGUAUGUGGAUGCGUAUGGAACGCAAGAUAUGGCUUUGGAGAGAGACGAAAAGUAG